GUGGACUCAUAUUAGGGAUUAAUGGGUCGGAGUGAAGACGAGCUGAGAACCACAUGAACGGGUUUCAGCUGUAAGAGUCAUCCUAUCAGGAUCUGAGGGUACCACCAGACCCCCUCAUCAUCCUCCUCCUCCUCUUCAUCAUCAUCUUCACCAUCAUCAUCAUCAUCACCAUAGUUAUGAUCAUCCCCAUCCUCAUCAUCUUCAGCAUCAUCAUAUUUGUUAUUAACGUCAUUAAAUCAGUAUCAGUACCUCAUCAUCUUCAUCAUCUUCAUCAUCUUCAUCAUCUUCAUCAUCUUCAUCAUCCUCCUCCUCAGAAAAACAUGUUUUUGUUCGUUUUUAUCUUCAUGUUUUUUUUACUUCUUGCAGCACAUUUGUGUGUGUGUUACAUUACAAGAAUGGUGCAUAUAGGACACACACAAACACACACUCACACACACACACUCACACAGAGUCAGAUUGUGUGUAGGCCGCUCUGGUCAUUAUUCACUGAGGAAUGAAUCUCACUGAAUCUGAUGUUCUGUCCUUACACACAAACAGACACACACACACACACACAGACACACAAACACACACAAACACACACACACACACACUGACUGAUGCAUAUCAUCAUCAUACACCUUCAUCGUCAUCUUUUCUUCUUUGUCAUCAUCAUCAUCACAGAUCAUGUGACGCUGUGUGGCGACAUCUAUCUGAAAAUAUCUGUGUGCCAGUCUGUGAGUGUGUGUGUGUGUGUGUGUGUUUGUGUGUGUGUGUGUGUCUAUGACCAUCUGUGCGCUCGAACCACUUUGCUUUCAUCAGACUCAGUACCACCUGACUCAGCAGUUUCCCGUGCGUGUGUGUGUGUGUGUGUGUGUGUUGCAUGUUAAUCAGCUCACAGGUGGCGUCUCCACAGCCUUGUGUCAUUGUCGUCAUGUGACAAACACACACACACACACACACACACAGCAGGUGUGUAUUCAGCAGACGUGUACACACUCACUCUUAGUCCUGAACCCGGAUCUCCGGUUCCUGAAAACAGGAUUCAUGGACCAAUCAGAGGCCCUAACAAUGAAGUCUCCGCCCCUUUUUCAUUCCUUUAUAUAAAUCACUGUCUUCAAACGGAUCCUGUUAAAAAGCCCAAACAUGUCAAUCACAGGUAGCCCCGCCCCCAAGCACACCUGCUCUCCUGUCAGUGAAGAGUAAUGAUGUUUAAAUGAUCUCAGUAUUCAGAGGGAGAGAGAGAGGGAGAGAGAGAGAGGGAGAGAGGAGCCUCACUAAUGAAGGUGUAAACACACACUCACACUCUCACUCACACACACAGACACACACUCAGUCGUCGGUGUGAGGAUGUCAGUUUUGUUUAAUGAGCCGUGGGUUACAGAGUGUUUGUGGUUUCAGAGGUCGGCGGCGGGAUCGUCUCCACGGCGUCUCUAAUCGAGGGGUCUACUUUAGUGGCGUUUGAUGUCAACCUCAGGAUGUGGUGGGCGGGUGGAGUGAGAGAGAGAGAGAGAGAGAGAGGGAUGUAAUGAAGAUAAUGAGAUGAGAGGAGGAUGAGUGUGUGUGUGUGUGUGUGUGUGUGUGUGUGUGUGUGUGUGUGUGUGUGUGUGUGUGUGUAUGUGUGUGUGUGAGUCAUCCAGUACUACAGCAGCUUCAUUUAUCAGCAUUCAAAGUUUCAGGGAGAGAUCUGCUGCUAAUGUACUUUCAGAGACCCACAGUCCCCGGAUCUGGAUCUAAAACAUCCAUGUAGGGCUGGGGGAUACGGGAAAAAGUUUUAUCCUGAUAUAUUAUUUUCAUAUCAGCUGAUAUCGAUCAAUAUCACGAUAUAAAAAUCUAACAGUGUUUCUUGGUCUCAUGUCUUUUCCAACACAAUAAUCUCCUGCAUCUGUGAGGUCUUUGUGUCUCUUUGGCGUUUUGUCGUAAGGCGUCGCUCUAGAGAAAGACGACUGAAUGGUCGUCUGUUUCGGCUGCACAGGCGCCAUCACCACCGACGUUUUCCUAACGCCAGUGUUGUGGUUGACAUUGAUGUGGUCAUCUGUUGAGCCUUCAUGGUCAUUUCUGUCGGGGGUAGCACUCAUUUUCUUUGUUUCUCACCAACAGUGCUGUCGGCUUCACCUGUUAAAGUGCUAUGGUUGGGUGGAGCUGCUGUCUGCUACGACGCUGCAGUUGGUUGAUACUUGGUUCUAAUUCAGAACAUGAUUGGUUCAGACCCGGAGAAACUCCCCUUUUCAUUGGCUGUUCGUAUAGUCGACCAAAACAUGUCAGAAUGACGACUAUUGAAAAGGAUAUUGAUCAUGUUUUAUAUUGAUAUUGAGGGAAAUGAACUUAUAUGUAUAUAUAUACAUAUAUAUACAUAUAUGUAUAUAUAUAUGUAUAUAUAUAUACAUAUAUACAUAUAUAUAUACAUAUAUAUACAUAUAUAUGUAUAAAUAUAUAUACAUAUAUACAUAUAUAUGUAUAUAUGUAUAUAUGUAUAUAUAUGUAUAUAUAUAUGUAUAUAUAUAUAUGUAUAUAUAUAUAU